AUGGCCUACGAUGGAUAUUACGCGAACCAGUAUCAAACGGGCAAUAUGAACCCAGAUGCAAACGAGCAUGGGUACUCACAAGCCCCUCAAUAUCCUUACCACGAGACGGACCACUUGAAUAUGCCUCAGCCGCAGAUGCCGACCGGAUCACCAGCAAACCCAACCUCGGAAUCAUACGCGCCGGAGCCAUACGCCUAUCCUGAACCACAAAGAUACACCCAGAACCCAAGCAGCGGACAUAUCAACGAUGCAGUGAAUUCUGCUGUUCACAACAGUGGAUCCACAGGCUAUCUGUCGCCAGAGGUUUUGUCUCAAAUCACAGCGACAGUGAUCCAGCAACUCAAAACGACCGGGUUGGACAGCAACCUACAGGGGUCUGGUGCACCCCCGCCCCGCUCGCAAUCUCAGCAGCCACCAUGGCAAACAGACACGUCUUUACGGGUUAACGCAGAGUCACCCCAUGCUGUGCCUCAGAGGAGCACUUCCAUCCCUCCGCCUAGUUCGCUGCCUGGAAAUAUCGAUACCAAUUUCCAAGCUUACGUUUCGGACUAUAACGAGGGCUAUCCGCGUAGUCAUUCUAGUCUGGGAUCUCCCCCACCCCCGACUGAUAGACGUGCCUCUGUUUCCAGCCAGGAAAGCGGUCGGAGCCACUUGACUCGUCCUAGGCCCCCGGAUCGAGACGCUACUGUUAUGGAAAUGACUACUCUGGAAAGAGUUUGGCAGACGCUAUUUGAUGAGGAGAAGCAGAAGCCGACAAGGAGAUUGGGACAGUUCUUGCGUGGGAUUGCGGUUCAUUUGAUUGAGGACUAUGAGCCGAAAAAGAGUAUUGUCAUUAGCCCCGAGAAGCUACAAAAGUUCUACUUGGACACUCAUGAUCCCGAUGAUCCUUAUCCAUGGCAUGAUAUUUUCGAUGACCGGACUUCCCAAAUUUCUCGACUAUUCCGUGAAGUCAAGGCCGAACAUCAUCUCGUCCAAAAGAACGGCGAUCCCACACAACGCCCCGACAUCCCAGGCCUAACACCCAAAGGCUUUGAACAAUGGGCGACUCAAAUGAUUAUCGCCAACCCAGACCGCGAACACAGGCGUCUGGCAAAAGCAGUCCUAAACAUGCCAAUCAGCAACCCAGACGACACAAAGGAGCGAUUCCCCAAAGAGCUCCCCCGUAGUCUCUUCCCCGAUAGGGCCGACAUAUCGACCAGAGAAAAAAUUGAGGACCACAUCAUGAAACACUGCAACGUCGACCUCCCCUAUAUAACCGAGGAAGAACGCAAUGAAGCAACAAACCCCCAACCCCCAACCCGCCGCUCACCAUCGAACUCCGCCUCCACAAGCCAGCGAAGCCAUUCAUACGAGAGAGGCCGUCCCUUACGCGCAGCAUCAACAUCAACAACAGGAUUGGACCGCUCAUCAGCCAGCGACGACGAAGAAGUCUUAAUCCCAGGCCCAAUCGAGCGCGAGCGCAAACCCUACAGCGCCGCGCCGGGCGGCGGCGGCAAAAAGUACGAAGAAGAUGUUCCGUCCAGGUCCCGACCGUCUGCUUCAGCCUCGGAGUCAACUCCCAAGCCAAGGCGCUCAGACCGUGACUCCCUACACGCGCAUGAUAUGUACUCGCGUGGCAGCCGCAGUUCUUCAAGGAGCGUGCAUCAUCAGAAUAGAGGUGAUUACAGGCAUUCUGAAAGUGAUCUCCCGCGGGAUCGGGAGUCGCGCUAUAGCUGGUCGGCGCAGGAUCAGCCGUUUGUUGAGUCACCUGUUGCGGAUGAUGAUGCUCGUUAUCGUCGCCGUGCGGCUCGGCAUGCAGAUGAGUACCUUCCUUCGACUGGGAUGCUUGGGGGUCAGGGGGGUCCGGGCAUGGGUAUGACAAGUAUUACCGCUGAACAGUCGGUUUCUUGA